GGGAGGCCGAGCCCCGAAGGCAGGCCCUGCUGCCCCAGCACCCUGCCACGGAUCCCCUCAACACAUCCCCAGAUCCUGUUCGACCACACGCAAGUGAGCUCGGGCUUCAGCAAGAACGGCGUGAGUGUGUCCGUGACGGGGACCUCCACGAUGCACAUCGACAUUCCUGCCAUUGGUGUGAACAUCACCUUCAACGGGGACGUCUUCCACAUCCAGCUGUCCUACAGCCACUUCAGCCACAACACUGAGGGCCAGUGCGGCACCUGCACCAACAGCCAGACCGACGACUGCCGCCAGCCAGACGGCACCAUGGCCCCCACCUGUCAAGACAUGGCCCACAGGUGGCUGGUCCCCGAGAGCGGCAGGGAGGACUGCUGGGCGCCGACCCGCCCGCCCCCGACGGCUGGCACCUCGACCUCAGCACCCGCCACGCCCACCUCCUCCCCGUGCCCCCCGGUGCCCCUCUGCGAGCUGCUGCGGAGCCCGGUCUUCGCGGAGUGCCACGCCCUCAUCCCACCUGAUCCGUUCGUCAGCUCCUGCGUCAGUGAUGACUGCCAAGCCAACCCCCACCAGGCGCCCUGCCGGAGCCUGGAGGCCUACGCGGCGCUCUGCCGUGCCAGGGGCGUGUGCAGCAACUGGCGGAAUGCCACCAACGGGCUGUGCGACUUCACCUGCCCACCCGACAAGGUGUACCAGCCAUGUGGCCCCGCACAGGCCGCGUCCUGCGACUCCAGGAGCCAGAGCGCAGCAGGCAGGGGGCUGGCAGAAGGCUGCUUCUGCCCUGACGGACACACCCUCUUCAACACGCACACCAACGUCUGCGUGCGCGAGUGCGGCUGUGUGGGACCAAAUGGGUUUCCCAAAUCCCCUGGGGAGCGGUGGGUCAGCAACUGCCAGGACUGCGUGUGCCACGAGGGCUCCAGGUCAGUGCAGUGCACUCCCGUGCCAUGCGAGGCCCAGGAGCGGCCCCCGCAGUGUAGCCGGGCUGGCUUUGUGACCGUGACCAGGCCUCUAGCCAACAACUCCUGCUGUCUGGAGACGCUGUGUGUCUGCAACAUGACCACCUGCCCCCAGAGCCCACCCAGAUGUGGGCCAGGAGAGGAGCUGAUCCGCACCCAGGAGGAGGGUGACUGCUGCCCCACCUUCGACUGCCGACCUCAGCUGUGUUACUACAAUCACACGGUCUUUGGGAUCGGUGCAACCUUCCCAUCGGUCACUCCCUGCCACACGUGCACCUGCCUGUCCGGGGACACCCAGGGCCCAAUUGUGCGGUGUGAGGAGAACACCUGUACCACUACCUGCCGCCAGGGCUACGAGUACUGGAAGGUGGCUGGACAGUGCUGUGGGGAGUGCGUGCAGACAGCCUGUCCCACGGAGGACGGCAGGCUGGUCCGGCCCAACGAGACCUGGGUCAACAGCCACGUGGACAACUGCACGCAGUACCGCUGCGAGGUCAAGAACGGGCUGCACGUGCUCACCCCGAGGCCCACGCCCUGCCCGGACGUGUCCAGCUGUCAG